AUGGCAAAUAUGGCAACAGAGGAUUCUACAGUGUCUUCCUCUAACAAACUGUUUUGGUAUCUGCAGAGGAUUUUGCACGAUUUUUCCAAAGAUCAUGCAUCUCUAAAGCCUACGGUUCCCCUAUCAUUGCGAUCGCUGAGUCAGGUAUUUCAUCUCUUAAAACCUACCUCCAAACUCGCCUGCACCAAGGACUUGGGAUUGUUAAAGAUUUCUUAUGGAAUAAAUAUAAGGAAUGGCCGCUUUCUUCUCAGAUCAUUCCAAAGUAUACUCACGUCUGCCACAUUGACAGAAUAUGAAGAAGCUUUAAAUCAAGGAAGUAUGACUGCAUCUGAAGUUUUUAUCAACCUGAGAAGCAAAAGUAUUUUGCAUUUAUUUGCAUCCUUUGGCAGGUUUCUAGGCCUUGAGGUAUAUGAACAGGGUUUCAGUAUUGUAAAAGUACCUAAAACCCUUUUGAAUGGCUCAACCAUGUUGAUAAUGGGGUUUCCAGAUUGUGGGAGUUCAUAUUUUCUACUUGUGCAACUAGAUAAAGAUUUCAAACCUCUGUUCAAGUUGCUGGAGACUCGGCCAGAUCCAUCUACGAAAGGUCUUUCUUCUAAUGAUUCAAAUCACGUGAUUCACAUGAAGAAAAUUGAUGUUAGCCAGAUGCAGCUGUUUGAGGAUGUGUUGAAUUUGAGUCUACUUGACUGGGGAAAAUUGGCUGGCUCUUUGCCUGCUGGGGUUUCCAAUCAGUCUUCUGAACAUGGCCUUCUUUCUGAAUUCAGUCUCGAGGGUCCUAUGCAAAUUGCAGGAUAUCCUCUAUCAAGUUUUUCAUCUGUUGUUGAUGAAGUAUUUGAACUUGAGAAAGGGGCAUCAGCGCCUUCAUUCCCUCUUCAGAAUCUCAAAUCUUACAAUGCAUCUGCCGCUUCGCGUUUUGGUUCUGUUCCAAUGAAUCUUCAAACUGCAAAAACUGGAACUCCCUCUCCUAAGUGGGAAGGAGGCCUUCAGGUAUCUCAGAUGAACAAUUUUGUAAAAGUUUCAAGUGCGGGUUCCCAUUAUAAUGGUUUGUUGCAUCCAUCAAGCAAUCUGAAAGGCUCAACACACUCCAAUUUGUUUAGUUCACUAUCUUCUGGUUUAGGAAGGGGCACAACUGUAAAAAAAUUAUCAGCUUCAAAAUCUGACCAGGAUUUGGCUUCUCUUAGAUCUCCACAUUCUGUGGAGGUUGGUUCUAAUUCCUCGGUGGAUGAAGAUCAUCUGAGACUGCUAAAUGAUACAUCAAUGGAUGCCCUAUCUGGAAGUAGAUCAUCUCGGCUACUAUCUCCAUCCCAUUCAACUGGAUCUCGAUCCUCAACACCAGGUGUUGGACUGAGAAGCUCCCCUACUGGGCCUGUAGCUGCUUCAGUUAGAGUCACUGGAUCAAGCUCAUUAGCUACAACUCCCGUAUCUCAAGCAGCAGGAGACGCUGCUGUCUUUCAGGGUGCUGGUCAUAAUGUUUCCAAACGGGAAAAGGAUCCAAGAAAACGGACAGUUUCAGAUAUGUUAAAUUUGAUUCCAUCUCUGCAAGAUAUAGAUUCUAAAGCAGGAAUUUCUAAGAGUAGGAGGACCUCAGAAUCAGCUUUCUUUCAGCAGCAUUCAUCACAUAUGCUUAUAUCGUCAGAAAUGAUAUUUAAAAAUGAAGGAUACAGUUAUGGAAAUCUAAUAGCUGAAGCAAAUAAGGGGAAUGCACCUUCAAGCAUUUAUGUCUCUGCUCUUCUACAUGUGGUUAGGCAUUGUUCGGUUUGUAUUAAACAUGCCAGACUAACAAGCCAGAUGGAUGCUCUGGAAAUUCCAUAUGUUGAAGAGGUUGGACUAAGAAAUGCAUCCUCGAAUAUAUGGUUCCGACUUCCACUUGCCCGAGGCGAUUCAUGGCAGCACAUCUGCUUGAGGCUUGGCAGACCAGGGAGCAUGUAUUAG